AUGAUUAAUACAUGUAGACAUGCCAAGUUACUUCUUCAUAGUUCAAAGGUUUAUAACAAAAGGGGUAAUUAUAAUACAUUAAGUUUGAAAAAGAUUAUACAAACAAAUUCGAAGAUUUGUUUUUUUAAAAUAUGUAGGAAUACAUUUUUCUCUACAAAUAGUAGUAGUUACGAUGUGUUUGACAAAAUAAAAGAUUCGAAUGAUAAACAAGAUGAAGUAGAAAAUGAAUCUACAAAAAAAAGAAAACCAUCAAAAAAAGUUUUAAAAUUAGUUGAUGAUAUAUUAAAUUUGACAUUGAUAGAAGCAGCAGAUUUAUGUGAUUUAUGUCAAGAAAAAUUAGAAGGAAAUAAAUCAUUUAAUAAUGGAUAUUUUAUAAAUCGAAAUCCAUUUCCACAUCCUUCAUCUUUUUUUGGGACUUCAAAUAUGCCUCAAAUGAGUGAGGGGAUUAAUAUGCCAAACCCAAACAUAACUAAUACCUCUACUAAUGUAGAAAGUGAGAAUCCCGAUAUAAAACAAACUAAUGAAACCAACAAAAAUGAAGAAAAGAAAAAAUCAACUAAAAAUACUUUUAGUGUAAAACUAGAAAAGUUUGAUGUUAAAAAUAAAAUUAAUACUAUCAAAGAAAUUCGAAAAAUAACCAACGUUGGCUUGAAGGAAGCCAAGGAAAUGGUAGAGAGCGCCCCCUUCUACAUACAAAAGAACGUCCCGGCGGAGCAGGCCGAGGAAAUCAAAAAAACCUUUGAAGGCCUCGGAGCAACAAUAAUUUUAGAGUAA